CAGGGAUCCAGGGUCCCCCCACCGGGGCCCCAGCCUCCCCCCCCCAGAGAGCCAGGCCCGGUGCCGGACACAUUUGCAACAGUGCUGGGAAGAAAGCCAGGCAGGAUUCAUCCCCUGGCUGGGUCCCCCGUCGCGCUCGGAGCGGUAUGGAGACCCCCGGGAGCUCCCUCAGCAGAGCCCACGCCCCGGCACGGUGGCAAAGCGCCUGGCUGGAAAGAAGGGUAAUCCGAGGAACAAUCCUUCACUUGUCUCUGCAUCCCAGAGCACCGGAGCGACACACGUCCGGCCUCGCCAUUGCUGCGGCGCGGCGAGAGGGGAAACCGAGGCACCAAGAGGUGACGCGACCUGCUGGGGGUUGCACAGUGAAGCAGGGGGAGAGCUGGGAUAGAACCAAGGAGUCCUGAGUCCCCGUCUCCAUUGCUAUGAUGAUCAUGUAUAAUCUAAGAUAAUAAAACAAUUGGACGUGAAAACGCCAAAGGCUGCGCUGAAAAGAAAUGUCGCCCAACCAGACGCCUGCUUGUGGGAAGUUGCCAUUUGCACCAACCAGCAUUUUUGGAUGGAAAAACCAGCCCCUCGGGCAACCGCUGCGCAGGUCGGCCGGGAAGGGCGUGGAGCCGGGGCUGCAGAUUCUCUCCGAAGCAGAGCCCCAGGGAUCGAUUUUUUUGGUGCCUACCUGCUAUGCUAGGAAACAAGAGACCCUUCCGCUGCAGCGCCCACCCCACGCCCAGCGUCUCCUCGUCGGCGCCAGCCACCACGUGGGAGCAGGCGAUGCUGGCGAAGGCCCCGCGGUCCUGCAGCUGGAACUUCACCACGGGCGGCGCCGCCGCGGCCUUGGCCCCGGCCCCCUUGACGCUCUCGUAGGCCGGCGGGCGCUUCAUCCCCCCGCAGGGGGCCGGGUGAGCUACAAUCAGGGGGGCACCGUAGCCCCCCAUUUGCCGUGCCGCCUGCGGGGAUGUCGCCGCCCCCGGCUCUGUGUCUGGCCGGAGACCCUGGCACGGGCCCGGCACAGCCUCGGCCCCGGUGAGCCGGCGCGGGGACCAUGAGCGGCGCCCGGAAGAAAAGCAGCUUCCAGAUCACCAGCAUCACCAGUGAGUUUGAGCCGCCGGUGGCGCCGCCCGCCGUGGAGCCGCCGGAGGACACGGCCGCGCCGCGCAACGGGCCGCCCGGCGCCGCCUCCCGCUUCCGCCUGGUGAAGCUGGACCAGGGCCCGGGCGAGCCCUUCAAACGGGGCCGCUGGACCUGCCUGGAGUUCUACGACCAUGACCCCGAGCACCAGGCCGUGGGGCGGCUCCUGGGUGCCCCCCGGCACCCACAGUCCCUCGACUCCCGCCUGGAGCUGGCUGGGCUGCUGCCCAAGCCCCACGGCUACUCCAGCCUUCCGCCGCCGCGCGGGCACGGCCACUCCCAGGGCACGGCCCAUCCCAGCGAGCAUCUGCCCCACUCGCUGGGGGGCGAGGAGAGGACAGCCGGGGGCAGAGCUCACAGCCAUGGGGCCGCUGCGGAGCCGAGCCUGGGGGUCGAAGAGCUGCUGCUGCCCCACAGCCUCGCCCAGCGCAUCCGGAGGGAGGUGGAGGAGAGGCACAAGGUGCCACCCCGAGGCUCCCGCCCCUCAUCCCCGGCCCCCCCAUUCUUCCGGGAAGGGAGCCCCGUCCGGAGGGGGUCAGACCCCUUUGGAAGCCACCUCAGCCUGGCCCGCUCCAUGUUCGCUAUGGGGGGCCACCAGGACAGCGACGAUGAAAGCGGCUCAGGCAGCAGCAUGAUCGCCAUCGACAACAAGAUCGAACAGGCCAUGGACCUGGUGAAGAGCCACCUGAUGUUGGCGGUGCGGGAGGAGGUGGAGGUGCUGCGGGAGCAGAUCAAGGAGCUGGCCGAGCGCAACGCGGCCCUGGAGUGGGAGAACGGGCUCCUGCGCUCCCUGGCCAGCCCCGAGCAGCUGGCCCAGCUCCGCCGCCCCACGGCCUGACCCCCACCGGGGCACCGCACGCUACGAUCCCGCACAUGUGAAGGGAGCUGCAGGGGCCUGGCUACUAACACAGCACGUGCCUUGGGGGACGGGAUGGAGCCAGGACUCCUGGGUUCUCUCCCCGGCUCCAGCAGAGCAGGGGGGGCUGGGAGCCAGGACUCCUGGGUUCUCUCCCCAGCUCUGGGAGGGGAGUGGGGGCUGGUGGA